GUUCUUUUUCUUCUUUGAGAUGAACUAAAAUGGACAAUUCCCAACAAGUACUAAAGUUGAGAUUUAACAACAACAUCACAAGCUCGGGUGAGUUUACUCGUCGCAAAAAUUGGUCUCAAAGUAUAUUGGAAUCAGUCCGAGAUGUCAUUCAUGUAUUGAGUCCUGAUCUUCGCUUUGUUUACUGCUCUACGGCCUCGAGUGAAUUUCUCGGUUACAAGCCCUCGGAACUGGUUCAGCAUUUGUUUACCGAAUUCAUUCAUGUCGAUGACAUUGACAUGUUCGUCCGAGAUUUUCGUACAGCUAACACUGCUAUGCAAACCCUUCGAACAACAUAUCGAUUCUUGAGAAAGGAUGGUAAAUAUACUACCCUGGAAACUAGAGGGCGCUUUUACAAAGGUUCCUUCUUUGGUAACGCAAGAAGAAUCCCUACUGAAGCUGCUCAUUCCAUUGAUUCCUUUCUUGAUCUCAAAAUGGAGAACGAAUUACUGAAAAAGAAGUUGGAGGCUCUUAAGGGUGAACACAAGAGGGGUGUAUCCAUGGACAGUGAACAUACUAGCUCUUCUAACCCUGGCUCCAUGACCAACGUAACAGAGGAAGAUACAAACUCUAGCGAUGAAUAUGAUGAUUGUAGCAUACCUUCCAACGGAAGUCAUGUUUAUACACAAGGUGUUACUUCAAACUAUGACAUUUCUGAGAGUGUGUCUUUGUUUACAGGCUUACGUUAUGAUCUGGGUGAAAGAUCCGUUGGUAUCUCUAUGGGAUUACAUGGUGGUGAAUUAACUAUGAUUGGCAUGGAUCAAAUUAUGGAUCAUUCCGUUUCUACGAGUACUACAGAAAAUAUGCCACAAAGAAGCCUGACCCCCGAACCCAGAGCAGGAAAAAAGAAACGUUUAAAUCCAUCUGCGGAAGUCGCAAAGGUUUGCACUGAUUGCGGUAUUACGGAAGCGCCUGAAUGGAGACGAGGUCCUAGCGGCCCUAAAACACUCUGUAAUGCCUGUGGAUUGCGUUGGUCAAAAAGCAAAAAGAAGUUAGAAAAUCAAAUGAAAUCUGGCAAUGCCACCUAAAUACAUCACUUUCCAACACAGUUUAAAUAAAUAAUUAUGUACUUCUAUCAUCCAGCAAAGGUUAGGAACAGGCGAGGAAGCGUGUAAAUGGCAUCAUUCCUUUGAUGUACAGUCUUACAUAUUUAUGUACCCGCUGUAUUUGUUUAUAUUGAUAUGCGC